AUGCCGAUUGAAUUCAACGGAACUGAGCAUCUUGAUAAAAGCAAGGACGUGAGCAUAAUUGCUUCCAAAGGAAACGAUAAUGUGACAUUAUUUGGUUCUGCAUCAAUAGAUGGUUAUAAAGAAAAUAAUUAUUUUCCAAAACCGACUGGACCAACUUACAAUUCCAUUACUGGUAGCGUGGGAGUUAUUAACGAAACCGGACACAGCGCCAGUGUGACAGCGAGGCACAUCCCAAAUUUCGGAAACCAAGUCACCGCAGCAACCAAUCUAAAUGUACUAAAAACAGAUAACCACAAAGUUGACGUUAACGCUUUUACUACGAAAAACUUCACAAGCGCACCUAUACCGAAUUUUUCUACGCAUGGAGCUGGCGUUAACUACCAAUACAAAGAUGUGGCUCAGGCUGCAGCUUCCGUUGCCCAUACGCCAUUAGCUCAAAGGACGGAUUAUGCUAUCUCUACGGGGUUGAAACUACACGAAACACCGGCAUCAUCUUUGUCAGUCAACGUUGGAGCUUCGAAAUUUGACUCCCCUUUUACGAAAGGAAACUGGCAACCGAAUGGGUUUCUUCAGUUUCAAAAGAGAUUCUAA